AACAUUCAUAUAUUUACCAUUUAGCUUUAAAGUACAAAAUCAGAUAAUUAUGGCACAAAUAUUAUUAUAAACAGCUUUAGCAUUUAAAAACUAUCCUAGUAGGCUAGUUGGUAAAAAAAAAAAGAAAUUGUUGUCAUAAGAUAUUAUAAAAAAUUGUAAAUUAAAAAAAAAAUUGAUUUGAGUUUAUUGAGUUCUAGUCGCUUUAUUAUAUUAAAAAAAUUAUGAUUGGCGAAUCCAGAUCUGAGUUCAGCCUAAAAAAUCCGCCAGAAGAUGGAAUAUCAUCAGUUAAAUUCGGACCUAGUUCUUCACAGUUUUUAUUGGUUUCUUCUUGGGAUUGUACUGUUAGACUGUAUGAUGUGCAAGCUAAUAGUAUACGUACAAAAUACACACAUGAUCGUCCUGUAUUAGAUGUCAGCUUCCAGGAUGCAGUUCAUUCUUUUAGUGGAGGUCUUGACAACAAAUUGAAAAUGUAUGACUUAAAUAGCAAUUCUGAAAGUGUUUUGGGUACACAUGAUAAUGCAGUACGAUGUGUAGAAUAUUCUAAUCAAAUAAAUGCAGUACUAUCUGGUGGCUGGGAUGGAAAUGUUAAAAUGUGGGAUACAAGAACGGCACAAAGUGUGGGAAAUUUAAUACAACCCGAUAAGGUGUUCACUAUGAGCAAUGUAGGUGAAAAACUUGUAGUAGGCACUGCUGGCCGUAAAGUUUUUGUAUGGGACUUGAGAAACACAGCCUACAUAAUGCAAAGGCGGGAAUCAAAUCUGAAGUAUCAAACAAGAUGUAUACGAUGUUCGCCUAAUAAAGAAGGCUAUGUUUUAAGUAGUAUUGAGGGCCGAGUAGCUGUUGAGUAUUUUGAUACAGCACCUGAAGUGCAGAGAAAGAAAUAUGCUUUUAAAUGUCAUCGGAUAAAAGAUAAUGAAAUUGAAUGCAUUUAUCCAGUUAAUGCAAUUAGUUUUCAUCAAGGAUUCAAUACUUUUGCUACUGGAGGAUCCGAUGGAUAUGUCAACAUUUGGGAUGGGUUUAAUAAAAAAAGAUUGUGCCAGUUUCAUCGCUACAACACAGGAAUAACUUCGUUAUGUUUCAGUCAUGAUGGUUCCUCAUUAGCAAUAGGAAGUUCUUAUAUGUUUGAACAAGAUGUGCACCCAGAUCCAAUACCAGAAAAUAAUGUUUAUAUUAGAUAUGUUACAGAUCAAGAAACUAAGCCAAAAUAGUUUCAAGUAAAAACUUGUAAAAUGUAACUUUUGUGAAUAAAAAUCAAUUAUUCAAUCUGUAUGAUUAAUAAAUAAGUUUAUUAAUUAUUUAGAUUUAGAUAAUAACAUAACUUAACGUUAAGAACUAUACAUAUGUCUCAAUUUACAUUUAAGAAUACU